AGCCGCGGGCCCCGCGCGGUUCCUCCGGCACCAUGAGCCGGUCCCCGCCGCCGGGAGGGCGCGCAGCCCGGCAGCGCCUCGUGGAUUACGGCAGCCGCCCGGGCCGACCGCCGCCGCCUCCGGCUCGGCAGCCUCCGGUUAAGAGCAUACAAGUGCAGAUGCUUGGAUCCUGGAGCAGCGAUAGGAAAGUGAGAGGCUCCAGCCAGCGCCCGGCUCAGGAGGACACAGUGCUGCUCCCAGCUCCCCUGCCCACUAGGAAAGCAAACCAGUUCGGGACCGAGAGAGCGCCGCUCUUCCGUGGUGUGCAUCCUGGGUUUGGGACCUGGCUGAGCAGAGAAGAUACAGUUCUGUUCUUCUGUGCACCUCUCCUCCUCCACCAGGGCGGCUUGGUGCCUGGGAGCAGCGCCUGCCUCGGGGUCUGCAGUAGAAGCCGCGGGGACACGGAGAGGCCAGCGGGGCUGAGGGCCCAGGAAGAAUGAUCUGGCUGCUGCUCAGCUGCUCGGUAACACCAGCCCUGGGAAAAGAAUGAGGGAACUCAUUGCUGCAAAUUGUCACCAAGCUUGUCAGACUACCUGAACUGUCCCUGAAAUCGUGGGUGGCUGCGUCGGGCUGGUGGUGGGUCUGAGGAAGAGACUAGGGCUGGCAGCAGUUUGAGUAUCUGUCUCGGGUGGGACCCGAAGGUUGUAACGUUGUCUAUAUAUACCCUGUAGAACCGAAUUUGUGUGGUAUCCACAUAGUCACAGAUUCGAUUCUAGGGGAAUAUAUGGUCGAUGCAAAAACUUCACAUUUCUCCGAAAUGGCAAGAGAUGGAGGUGGAGGGUGUGGGUUAGCCACCUCUUUCUGUUCCAGGGAAGAUCCACUGUCCCUGGUGACAUCGUAGCACAGCUUUUUUCCUCAAGAAGCUCCUCACCUUUAAAUAGAGGUUUCAGUCGGUGCUGCUGUAGCAAAAAGAACCCCUAACUGGUUGCAUGAACACUGGGUUAAAAGAGUUAGGUUUGGGGAUGCUGGGGAGUGAAGCAUCCCUGGUAGUUCCCCCUCAUCUCUGCCCUCCCCAGAGCAUGAGAUAUAAAUAUACACAAGUGGUGACUAACUGGGUUUUGGGGACCUUGUCGGGGCAAGGGAAGCCAGCUGAGAUAAAAGACCAGUAGAAACCUUUAGGGGGCAUUUAGGUGAGGCGAGGGUACCUCAUCACCUUCUGGGCCCAACCCUCAGCUGCAAGAACCUGGGCAUCCAUGGCUGUUGCCACAUCAGCAAGGCCCAGCUUUGACUAGCAACAGCCUGGCCUGGGCACCUGUAAGAAAAGCAUGGUGGUUACUCAUUGCCUAACUUAAUUCAGGCCUGCCAGAUUCUGGUAACUUUUGGGUGACCCUGAUGAGGACAAAGCGGGUCUCAGUCUUUGUAUGGCAGAAUCCCUACUCUGGCCGCUGGGCGGGCAAAGUGCCCAACUCAGAGGCUACCCCAUUCACCCACCUUUUGUCGCCUUGCACCCAAUAAAAGUAUUCAUUCUCCCUUGCACUGUGCCCACUUUGAGAGGGUGCUUCCAUCGAGGUGAGCGGAGAAGGCAGAAGAGGUUAGCAAAAGUCAGUGGAGACAAAAGAUUUGAGAUUAUCUGCUUAAAAUAGGGGCGAUGGAGAUAGGAACUACAUUACCAUCAGGCAGGGGCCCUCAAAUGUGGCACGGCAAGUCAUUUGAUUACACAUAUGUUAUUUAGUUAAAUUUGUAAAAAUUAUGAGAUGCUCACCAAACCGGUGAUAAACUCGCUCCCUCCCCAUUGGCUGCCCUGGUCACAUGGCCGCCCAACUUUAUUCAGUUGACAGCAAGUAGGAGGGCCCUAUGGAAGGAGAAAAAAAGACAACACGAGAAAAAUUAGUAUUUUCUACCUUCUGAAAUUAAUGGCCAUGAGUUCGUAUAUGGUGAACUCUAAGUAUGUGGACCCCAAGUUUCCUCCGUGCGAGGAAUAUCUGCAGGGCGGCUACCUAGGCGAGCAGGGCGCCGACUACUACAGCGGCGGCGCACAGGGCACCGACUUCCAGACCCCCGGGCUCUACCCGCGGCCCGACUUCGGGGAGCAGCCUUUCGGAGGCGGCGGCGGGCCCGGGCCCGGCGCGGCACUGCCCGCACGGGGCCCCGGACAGGAGGCGAGCGGCCCCGGUGGACACUACGGCACCCCGGGAGAGCCGUGCCCGGCGCCCCCGCCUGCGCCCCUGCCAGGCGCCCGGGCCUGCAGCCAGCCCGGCGGCCCCAAGCAGCCGCCCCCGGGGACAACGCUCAAGCAGCCGGCCGUGGUGUACCCCUGGAUGAAAAAGGUGCACGUGAACUCGGUGAACCCCAACUACACCGGUGGAGAGCCCAAGCGUUCCCGGACGGCCUACACUCGGCAGCAAGUCCUAGAACUGGAAAAGGAAUUUCAUUUUAACAGGUAUCUGACGCGGCGCCGUCGGAUUGAAAUAGCUCACACCCUGUGUCUAUCUGAGCGCCAGAUCAAGAUCUGGUUCCAGAACCGGAGGAUGAAGUGGAAAAAAGACCACAAGCUGCCCAAUACUAAAGGCAGGUCAUCAUCGUCAUCUUCCUCUUCCUCCUGCUCCUCUUCAGCCACCCCUGGCCAGCAUUUGCAGCCGAUGACCAAGGACCACCACAUGGACCUGACAACCUUAUAGAAGUGAGGCUCCUGGGCCCAUCCCUCCCUGCGCUCCAGGCUGAGCCGAAGCUGCGGGGUCAGGCCGGGCCUGCUGUGACCUCGCUGGGCUCUAAGGUACUGUGGGGUGGACCUGGGACCUGCAGGCCGCCUUCGGACUAGGUUAGCAUCCUGCCCGAGGGCAGCCCCCUCCCUAGAGUGGAGAUGGGGGUGGGAGGGGUGGGCGGGAUUCUCUCUCUAAGUAUAUUAUCAUAUGGCAGAAGCUACUGAGAACAUAAAACAAACGUGGGAGUCAUUAAACUCAUGAAAAUCUCUGCUGUUGGAUUUUGAAUUUGCAAAUGAAGGUUGGAUGCUUUAUCUCUGUGGAUUUGGACAUUCUCCCCCACUCCACCCCUCCAGGGAGUUUUGUGGUUUGGUAAUGUGGGGGAGUUGAGGCAGAAGAUUGGCCCCCCUGUGAUAGGUGCUCCGUGUGAUCUGGAGAGCUGGGCCAAUUCUGAAUUUCUGGGUUGUCUAUAUAAUUUCCAGUGUAAUUUAUAUAAAUAAAAAAGUUUUGCUCACAGUGGCCCCAUGCCCAAAGAAAUAAGUUUAAGAAGGAAAUGAAAACGGGUUAUUUUAUGUUUAGAUUGUAUUUGCUUAAAUAUUUAUUUGUUGGGGGAUUGGGUGCAAAAGUAACUGACACCUUCAUACCAAAAAUCUUAAAGAUGGUGGAAGGGCCUGAGCUUCAGGGAAUUGAAUCAGAUAUGUAGACUGGAUUCUGGCUGUAACCUACAUUUUGAACUCCACCCCCUCCUAACUCCCUGGAAAUAUGUAUAGGGGGCUUUUAACCCUUUUAAAGAGAAGGGAAGGAUCCACUCAAAGUUGAGUUCUUAAAAAUAUAAUUCCACAUGUGAUUUUUUCAACACUGUGCUUACAACCAGUUCUGGGUGAUUAAAGGAAAGGGCAAAAAAGAAACAAAUGGUCCAACAUUUUCCUUCUGGGGAAGGAAAACAAAACCUCCAUGCUCUGGGUCAUCAGAUAAUGACUUGAGUUUUCUGUUCCAACUGGAUUCCAAAUGUCCCAAAUACCCCACAUAGAAGUAUUUUGUAGGAAUUAGUAUUUGCUUAUAGAGAGACAAGCUGUGCCAUGGAGCAAAAAUUGGUAGAUUUAUUCCCCCCUCUUGAUGUUUCAAUUUGAAAAAAAUACCUAAGGAAGUUUUUCUCAAACCAUUAAUUAGAAGCAGAAAUUGUGAAAGUAUUAAAGUUUUCAGGCCCUCUUCUUUGCCUUUAGAAUAGUGGUUUAAAAACACUCUCAAACAACAAGAGAGAUGUUUUUAGUCAUUUUUCUUAUGCCAUGUCUGGAAAGAGUUCAAAGCUUAUUUUUGUGAAAUGCUGACCCUUAAGGAUAAGGAGAAAAGAGAACCACCAGAGUUCAUAUACUCUAAACAAGUCUUCAUAAGUUUGAAGCCCAAAACCUCAGGCUCCAAGAAAGAAACCUCUGUUUGCAGUUACUAAAAAGUGACAAAAGGGGGAGGGAGAAGGGGUUAGCUUAAAAUUUAAUUCUAAAAGGUUAAGGGUUUUUUUUUUUUUUUUU